GACAAACUUCCCCAAAAAAUACAAGAAGCGCUUGGUCGCUUUGAACGCGAUAAUAAGAAAGUUGGGUAUGCUUGCGCACAUAGGGAGUUAUAUUGUGGUAACACUUUUUCGGAAUAUGACUGGGCGACCAUAAAUGAAGAUGGUAUAUGGGUUGAAGGAAAAGGAGAAGAUGAUGGAUGGAAAAUAUACUCUAAGCGU